AUGGGGGUGGCUGCCGUUGGCGCCCGGCGGCCUGUUUGGGGCCACGCGCCUUCGAGUGCAACCCCCUUGCGACGCUGCGCCCUUCGUCUCCUAGGGAAGCGGCGCAGCCCCAGAUGCCUUGCGUCUCGAUUUUUUCGUGACGCGGGCCCCCGACCUCUCGACCACAUCCCCGGAACCAGUUUUUUCAUCCCGACCUUGCCAGGUGGCGUGACGACAGCGCUGGAAGCUGUCGUGCCCCCGUUUGAAGACUCUUCCAUCUACAGUCAGCCCGCACAGACGCGUGGGCAAGAAGAGUGCGCGGUUGGCAACUCUUCAGGACAUUUAAGGAGAACGCUACAAAUUGAUUGCGUGUGCACGGAUAUUCGAAUGGGGAGCACAAUUUUAACGCAUCGCACAGAAGUGGAGUGCAUCACGACUGAAGCAGAGAAUAAGAUGAUGAUCCAGGUGGUAUUGCAUUUCUCCGUUCGC